GGAGAGAGCCAGUGUGGGAAAGAGAACCACCCAACACUGUGGGAGAGACCGGGGAAAACUCCACACAGGAAAAACACAGUGAUCACCAGAGAAGAGCGCCUACCUUCAGUGAUAGCCGACAGCAGUGUGCUGUUGUCUGCAGUGCUCCAGGAUCAUGAGGGACUGCACCUCCUUCACGUGCUGGGAAAAAGGUGAUGUAGGGGAUCUUAAGAGCCUCACUCCCACGUGCAGAGAGUCCAGGAGGCAUUCCUCAUAGUGACUCUGUCUGCAGCUAACUCCUGUUGCUAAGGGAACUCCAACAACUCUAUCUCUGGAUUCUCGCCCUGGCUGAAAUGACCCUCAGUGAUACAGUCCCUGAUUUCUGUCUCACCAUGUACUUGGAGAACAAAAGCAACCUGGAUAUUGAGUUAUCUCAAAAUCCAGCCCAAGGUCCUCAGGGCAGGAGUAGCCUGAGGUCACCAGAGGCCGUCGCGGGGAACUUUGAGGAGCUGCUUCUACUGCAAGGAUUCUCAGAGAGGAGAGAAACCCAGAAGCUGCAAUCGGCCGGUCUGCCUACGGGACAGUGCGCCAUCCAUAAUGACGGAUUUGUCCCCGUUCGACAAGAAGAUGGGCACAAUUUUGGCAUGUUUAAUAUGUUCAGAGGAAAAUCUCCAUCAUCCAACCUUUCAGAGAGAUCACCACUGCUGAGAUUCUCUCAAGAUGAGAGCAUUACCUACAUGACCCUGCAUGAACCCAGCUUUGUUGAAGGGGAAGGGGAGCCCUGGGAUAACGGUCCUCUGGACCUGGAGAGGAGGUAUCGACUGGGCAGCGAGGUCAACAGCCUGUCUCUGUCCCGCUCCGGCUCCUCAGACAAGGACCCGAUGGACAACACCAACUUCAGGCUCACGAGCAGUAUGAGAUGUUGCCUAAGAGUCUCCAGAAUUGCUACAAUCUUUACUGUCCUUGUUCUCUGCAGUCUCUUCUUCAGCAUGUAUCCAGAUCGAAAUAAUCCCUGGAGGAUGCUGGCAGUCUCUUCAACAGAGAGUUUCUCGAUGAAUGUGACAGACUUUCGAGACAACGCCAUGCUGAAGCUGCAGGUCGCAGGGCCCUUUACAGGAGGGGUGAUCGACCUCACCAGGCAGGAGUACAUCAUGAUCCAGGUGGAGCAGACGGAGCAGGCGGGACAGCAACGGAGGAGGCGGGCUCAGACGGUGGUGCAUAACUGGACCAUCCCUCUACACAGCGAACGAAGUGAUCAGAUAAUGUUAACAAAAGCGUUCGCAAUGCUCAACAGUGACCCCAUCUCCAUCACAGUUCAAGCCUUCCUGCAUGAAAACGAGGUUGUGCCGUUAUCCAUGACCUACCAGUCUCUCUACGUCACUGUGGAGACACAGGUGGCCAUGGCUGGAAUCAUCCUGACCGGGGUUUAUGUUCUCAUCAUCUUUGAGAUUGUGCAUCGCACCCUGGCUGCCAUGCUGGGAUCUUUUGCAGCCUUGGCAGCCCUGGCUUUCAUCGGUGAUCGGCCCAGCCUGGUGACCGUGGUUGAGUGGAUCGACUACGAGACUCUGGCUCUUCUCUUCGGCAUGAUGGUUCUGGUGGCCAUUUUCUCAGAGACCGGCUUCUUUGAUUAUUGUGCUGUGAAGGCCUACCAGUUAUCCAGAGGACGAGUGUGGCCGAUGAUCAUCAUUCUCUGUCUCAUCGCAGCCAUUCUCUCUGCUUUCCUCGACAAUGUGACCACCAUGAUGCUCUUCACCCCUGUCACUAUACGGUUGUGUGAGGUGCUUAAUCUGGACCCCAGACAUGUCCUGAUUGCAGAAGUAAUCUUCACCAACAUCGGAGGGGCUGCCACAGCUGUCGGUGAUCCACCCAAUGUGAUUAUAGUAUCAAAUCAGGACCUGCGCAAAGAAGGGAUUGAUUUUGCCAGUUUCACAGGCUACAUGUUCCUCGGUAUCUGCCUCGUCCUUCUCACCUCAUUUCCUUUCCUACGGAUGCUCUACUGGAACAAAAAACUCUACAACAAAGAGUCUAUUGAAAUAGUUGAACUCAAGCAUGAGAUCCUGGUUUGGAGGCAGACGGCUCAGCGCAUUAAUCCCGCCAGCAGAGAGGAGACAGCUGUGAAAUGUCUCCUGAUGCAAAAAGUUCUAAACCUGGAAAAUCUGCUCCGCAAGAUGAUGAAAACCUUCCAAAGACAAAUUUCUCAAGAGGAUAAGAACUGGGAACAAAACAUCAGAGAACUGAAGAGGAAGCACAAAAUAACCGACAAGGUGCUCUUGGUGAAGUGUGUGUCUGUCCUUGGCGUCGUGAUCUUCAUGUUCUUUGUCAACUCCUUCGUUCCCAGCAUUCAUCUCGAUCUCGGUUGGAUUGCCAUCCUGGGUGCACUGUGGCUUCUGGUUCUGGCCGACAUCCAGGACUUUGAGAUCAUCUUGCACCGGGUGGAGUGGCCGACGUUACUGUUCUUUGCCGGUCUCUUCGUUUUGAUGGAGGCUUUAGCCCAGCUGCAGCUCAUCGACUAUAUCGGAGAACAGACAGCUCUGCUUAUAAAAGCGGUACCAGAAGACCAGCGCUUGGCAAUUGCCAUUAUCUUGGUGAUGUGGGUCUCGGCUUUAGCCUCGUCUCUCAUCGACAACAUUCCCUUUACUGCUACCAUGAUUCCAGUCCUCAUCAACCUGAGUCAGGACGCAGACGUGAACCUGCCGGUCAAACCUCUCAUCUUCGCCCUGGCCAUGGGAGCCUGUCUCGGUGGAAACGGUACAUUGAUAGGAGCGUCAGCCAAUGUGGUGUGUGCAGGGAUAGCUGAACAACACGGCUACGGCUUCUCCUUCAUGGAGUUCUUCAGAUUAGGAUUCCCCAUGAUGAUAAUGACGUGUAUGAUCGGCAUGUGCUACCUGCUGGCAACACAAGUCGGACUAAAAUGGAACAUGUAAUCCACAACAGAGCCAAAGAAACUGUGUGUGAGUGUGUGUGUGUGUAUGUGUGAGUGUGCGUAUGUGACCUCUCCUUCAAGCAUUCAGCUCACUGUAAUGUGAUAAGUAACCUGAUUGAUGAUCAGAUUACAGGCACUGUUUGAAGCACAGCAGCCAUAUUUUGUUAAUGUCUUUGACUAAAGUGCAGACCAGCAGGGACCAGAACACCGGUGCUUUGACCAAAACGUGAAACACAACAUCCAAAAAUAUGUUGCAUUAAGCUCUUUAAGACUGGUCCACUGUCACCCUGUUGAGUUUGAACAACUUUGUCAGAAACUUGAACCUUUUUGUCUUCAGCAAAGAGUCACUCCAAGGGAAGGAAAUGUAUCUUUACUGAAAAAUAUCCCUCUCCAUUAUGCUGUAUGUGGUGCUACUGCCUCAAUGUGUUCAACUGGUGUUUGUGAUUCCAGCUGUGGCCACUGAUUGGAAAUCUACAGUGUGUGGUCUGUUUACAAAAAGCAACAGCUAAAUUAUCAACACGUGUUUCUCAUGAUUUGCUUUAAUGGAUACUUUAGGACACUGAUUGAUUCGUUUAACACUUCACCCAUGGUUUACCAAACUUCUGUUGAUGUUUUAGAGGAACAGUAAUACCCAGUGAAAGGGAUUUUUUAAAGGUUAAUGUCUAAUAUAUUUGCCAGCUGCCCAAAUCUGAACACCUCAUGAAUGAAUCUGAAGAACAAAUUCAGCAUCAGUUAAAUUGGAAAAUAGUGAAAUGAUUAAAUGAAACAGAUGUAGAAUGUUAUCUAAAGAUUGUAUACUAUCUAUUGUACUGUGUACACAUUGAUCUCCUGUAAACUCAAUGAUUUAGCUCAGUCAGUCAUAUUUAAUGUAGAAAAUGUUUAAUCAUGUAAAUGCUCUUACGUGGAAUGGACAACACCUCUCCUUGUCCUGUUGAAAUUAUUUCCUGUAUUUAUUGUACAGCCCGACAACUUGAACGUCAUUAAUGUUGAACUGUUGAGACUCUCAGAACAUUCAGACAGAGAUUAACACAAACAAUAAAGGUUGUGAUGUUUCUUGUUUUCA